AUUGUUGUUUUCCGAACCUCCAACGUCUCCCCUAUUAGAAAGGUGGCGGUGCUGUGAUCUGUCUUCUGGUACGGAUAGAUUCCUACCAUCGACUCAUUGACUGCGAUUCAAUUGCAACCCCUUGGGGUGAUAUGAACCUGCUCGACGGAGAGCAAACUAGUCAGCUGUUGAGACAUGUAUACUCUUCGGAUCUCGACGCCUGUUUCAAAAUUAAAGUUGGUACGUUGGAAGGAGAAAGACCUCAACCUCAAUAUCAGGACAUAAUUACGGACCCAAUCUUGCGGAGGAAUCAGCUCUCCACCCCUGCGGACAACAAAGGUCUGCUGUCAGACCUUGUUGUCACGGUGGAAAUUUUUUCUGAUGGGAGAAGUCUCGCUCUGCCGACCCAAACAUCGUACAAACCUUUCACCACAAGAUACAACUGGAACGAGUGGCUGACGCUGCCCCUCAAGUUCUCCGACCUGCCCCGAGAUGGGAUCUUGGCCUUCACCGUCUGGGAUCUCCACGGACACAAGAAGGCCGUUCCCGUUGGGGGAACGACGGUGUCAAUCUUCAAGAAAUCGGGAGCCAUGCGACAGGGCAUGCAUGACUUGAAGCUGUGGGAAAACUCGAAGGCGGAUGGAUCGAACUUCAGCUCCACGCCGGGGAAAAUCUCGGGCGCUCACGAUGAAAUGGCCAGACUGACCAAGUUGACGAAGAAGCACCACAUCGGGGAGAUGCCUAGAGUUGACUGGAUGGACCGAUUGACCUUCAAAGAAAUUACAUUUCGCAACAACGAUGAGAAGAAGAAAUCAAAUCAGAUGUUCCUCAUGAUCGAGUUCCCGAGAGUCGUUUACCGUGAUAUCGAACAUAUGGUCGUCUAUUUCGAGAAAGACCUGGACGUGGCAUGCCAGACGAACAGCGACUCCAGUUUAGCCCCUAUGUUUGAUCCGGAUGUAUGGCUGGAGAAUCUUGUCGAAGACAAGCAUCACAAACUCUCUCGAAAUAUCCGGACGGAACGUAUCGCCAAGGACCUGAAACCGAACGCGCAUACUAGAGAUCAACUGAAUAAUAUUGUUAGCAAAUGUUCUACGACACCAUUGACCGCGGAGGAGCAAGAUCUCGUCUGGAAGUACCGCUUUUAUCUGAAGGAUCAGAAGAAAGCUAUGGCCCGAUUCGUUCAUUGCGUCAAAUGGGACGCCGAAGUGGAAACGCUGCAAGCCUUGGACCUUAUGCGGCAAUGGGAGCCGAUGGACGUCGAAGACGCUCUGGAACUCUUAGGACCUCAAUUCAAACAUAAAGCCGUGCGGCGGUACGCGGUCACAAGACUUGAACAAGCCUCAGACGAAGAUCUCCUGCUUUACCUUCUGCAAUUGGUGCAAGCUUUGAAGUACGAGCCUCCCCUGGAUUCGGCUUCCAUGACUUCAACUUCUACGUUCACAGCGUCGUCGGUCACUUCCUCGACCACGCCAUCGGAACAAGAUCAGCCUCAGAUUGCGAGUCCUGGGGAGCUGACCGAGAGCCAACAGAGCAUUGAGUCUUCGAUCGGAAGCGCGACAGAAGAAGAAAAGGAAAAAUUGUCCGUCCACGAGAGCACCUCGCUCCUUACUGCGCCACUAGAGGAUAAUCGAGACCUUGCGAGUUUCUUGAUAAAGAGAGCUAGUCGGAGUGACGUGCUCGCAAACUAUCUCUAUUGGUAUUUGAAGGUGGAGAGCGACGGGAGUUCCGGAGGAGCGAAUACUCAGAAUGCCAAUCGAAAAGGAAAUACGAACCUGAGUCAUGCGAACAUGUACGCCGAGGUCAGCCGGAGACUCUUAAAGUGCCUUAAGGACGGCAACCGCGAGCAGGAUCUGCGUCGUCGGAUGCUCGCAAAACAAGAUACCUUCGUGAAGCACCUCGUCGAUCUCAUGAAGACCGUUGCCGCCGAGAACGGCAAUCGUCAGAAGAAGAUUGAGAAACUUCAGCUCCUGCUGUCAGAUGCCGAGAACAUGAAAGCAAUGCUUCCUGAGAGUCUAGCACUGCCGCUGAACCCCAAAGUUCGAGUAAAAUCAAUCGUGGCGAAGAAAGCCGAGUUGUUCAAGAGCGCAUUGAUGCCGUGUAAACUGACGUUCCUCACAGAGGCUGGAGACGAAUACUACGCAAUCUUCAAACACGGAGAUGAUCUACGACAAGAUCAAUUGAUUUUACAAAUAAUAACGUUGAUGGAUCGGUUACUCCGCCGGGAGAACCUCGAUCUUCAAUUGACCCCAUAUUGUGUGCUGGCGACCUCCCCACGGCACGGAUUCGUCGAGUUCAUCGAAUCGAAAACAGUUGCGGAAGUUCUGAGAGAGUACGGCACAAUUGAAAGCUAUCUCAAAACCUGUUCCGCGGGAAAAGAUAUAUCGCCGGAAGUCAUGGACAACUACGUCAAGUCUUGCGCGGGCUAUGGCGUCAUCACGUAUCUCCUCGGAGUCGGAGACCGGCACUUGGACAACUUGCUGUUGACGAAACAGGGACAACUAUUCCACAUAGAUUUCGGUUACAUCCUUGGUCGGGACCCGAAACCGUUCCCUCCGCCCAUGAAACUGAGUCGGGAAAUGGUGGAGGCGAUGGGUGGUAUGAGCUCGGAACUUUACAACGAGUUCAAGAAGCACUGCUACACGACGUUGCUACACUUGAGAAGACACGCCAACCUCAUUCUCAAUCUUUUCUCGCUCAUGGUCGAUGCGAGCGUUCCCGACAUCGCGCUGGAGCCCGAUAAGACAGUGAAGAAAGUUCAGGACAAAUUCAUGCUCGAACUGACCGACGAGGAGGCCGUUUCCGAAAUGCAGCGGCUCAUCGAUUCUUCGGCGUCAGCUGUCAUGCCCUCUGUAGUGGAAUCGAUACACAAAUGGGCGCAGUACUGGCGGAAAUGAGUCAGCUCAAGCGAAGCUUCAUUGUGAAAGGAAAAGGAAUCAAGCGACUUACCGCUCGGGAUGCGGCACAAUCUCUCCUCGGAGGUCUCGGAAUUCCAUCUCGCUCUGCAGGCAAUCUUCAGGGGUGAACUAGCCGAAAAACCUGGCGGCGAAAGUAUGGGCCGUGCUCGAGCAAACGUAGACGUUCAUCUGAGAGGAUGAUGAGUCUGUUUCGACGGAGAGCCAGCUGAGCCUCAUAGAUAAUUCUCGGGUGAACCGCGCGGCGAUUCGAUGCGCAUACCGAUCGCCUCAUCAUCAACAAUCUUCGAUCGGUCUAAUAAAUGACCUGAAAAUCGGGUUUCGUCCCGAGUAUACAGCGUUUGAACUUUCGGCGACUCGGGUUAGGCGUAGUGAUAUAGACAUUCGCUGAGACCGAAGGCUACCUAGUGAC